AUGUCGCUCACGCAGCCCACGCCGCGUGUGGCCGCACUCAGGAGGCCCGCCUACUCUUUGCCGCCUCCUGGGGACCCAGAUUCCCAACCACCCAGUAGCAAGCGUCUCUGUCUUGAGGAGACCGGUGGUGUCUCUGAGGCGGGGUGGCGGCUGCCUUUGGUGCCCCGCUUGUCUGAGGUGGAAAAAGCCUGGGAGUUGUCGCCCAGACCCUUCAAGGCGUUCCUUGUUUCACCAAAUGCGAUUUUUGAUAACUCCACAGAUUCGUGUGUGGAGAAGUCAGUCAGUGGGGAGGAGACGCGUACUUUAGGAUGCCAAAAUUCCAAAUUCCAAAUGGAUGGCUGUUUGCAGUCUCCUCCCUCACAAAAUUUAGGUUCUGAUUUCAGGGCCCCCAGAAGGGCUUCUGAACCAGACCUUCAUGACAGAGAGGCUUUCAGCGUGCACGGCAGUGACAGAGCCAAAGCAGAAGUUAGUCAGCUUCUGCCCGACGCCUCCAUACGCGACGUACAUGCAGUUAAACUCGAUGGAAAACAACACUUAGUCCGAGGAAGAGACAAUAUUCAGAAAGACAAUAGUUAUAUAAGACAUACAGAAAAUCCAUUUUUAGAUGUUACCUUUUACAAGGAAACUAAAUCAACAUUUCAUGAACUUAAGAACAGACGUAAAGCUGACAGUGUUAUGCCAUCAAAUAAAAAAGAAAAUAACAUUUCAUCAUCUACACUAAAAAUACUAAAAUCUCAGAACCAGCCCGGCUUCGAAAUUGCCAAACCCAGCUAUUUUAGAGAUAGCAGCACAAUAAGUGUUCCUGAGUUUCCAAAGGAUUUAAAUAGCAAAAUGUCCUCUGUCUAUUUAAAGGAAAUAGCAAAGAAAAGGAAUGACAAAAACGAGGCAUAUGUUAGGGAUUUCACAAACAUUUACCGUUCCCAAAAUAGACCUGAUGUUAAGCAAAAGUUACAGGAUGAUAAAAAAAUUGUAGACACAGAAAAUAUUUUUCCUGAAUGUUAUGAAAGUAACCACCCAUCACUCAGAAGCCAAAAUACUUGUGUGAAGAAAAAAGACUUGAUCAAUUCAAAAUACUAUAACUCCAGUAGUAUCAAGUGUGAUGUAAGAGACCUUAAAAAGAAUUUCAUUAUAAUACUAGAAAAUGCAAAUUGGGAGGAAGCAGAAACCUGCUUGGACAGUUACAUACCUACCAGGUUGGAAAAAUCUCAAAGCUGGGAUUGUAACAUUAGACAUGUUUUGAGACAAAAUAGGGAAAAUUGUUGGAUUACAAAUAAUUAUAAGACUAAAUGUGAAAAUAUGAAAAAAACUGGAGAUAAAUUGAAUUGGCUACCGUUAUUAGAAAUAGACCUUUCAAGCAAGGAAGAUUACCACUGUACAAAAGUUGUGAAUGCACGUGAAGGAAAAGCAAAACCUCUCAUGAUGGAAAUGUUGGGUAGUCAAAAAGCUUUAAUAAAAAUUAUUUGGUUAAAUGAUAAAGGAGAAAAUAACAUGCUGCAGUUGAGAUAUGAUAAUACACAGAAAAACUUUCAUUUAAGCAACAGUUUUGAAAAUUUCAUCACAGAAAUUUUUUAUUUCCUUAAAAGUAUUUCAGGAAAUCAAAAAGAUAAUAAUAUUUUAACCUGGUAUAAAAUUUUGAAAUGCAAAAAGCAAAUUAGUGUUCAAAGUCUAAUAACCAGAAAUACGAAUAUCAAUAUAAACAAUGACAUUUUACGCAUAUGUUUACAAACCAGUGUUUCAGAACCUUUAAAUACCAUAUUGAAAACCAAUGUAGCUUUUUUGCUCAGUAACUUUGACUUUCUAAUGAGAAUUGAAAAUGAUUUUCAAUUAGAAGAGGAAUGCAUUUUCAAAUGGAUAGUGUAUUUGAAUUAUCCAAAAAGUAUGAUGGUGGAAAAUCAUACUGCAUAUCUAGUAAAGAUUUUAAGUCUUGAAGAAUCAAGACUAUUAGAAGAUAAUAUAAAACCUAUGCUAAAGAAAAGAAAGCUGCUUAACACUGAACAAAUUUUCAAAGAAUCCAAGGAAAAAAACAUUAAUUCCUUUAGUAUGACAACUAAAAAUGUACGUUCUCCAAUUUUUGAAACAUAUGAAAAAAAUCCUCUUUUAAUGGACUUUGAUGACAUGGAAGAAAUUACUUAUAAUAAUAUGAAUUGUUCUGAGCAAUUUAAGAAUGUGGAAAAUUUGGCUCACUGUAGUUCUAAUAUCAUUAAAACACAUGUUAAGUCUGGUCCUCAUAUUAUGUGGAACAACCAUGGAUAUUUUAAUGAAAAAAAUUGUGAAGUAAAUAUGCACAACCAAGAUUUGGAUACUGAAAGAAAUCAGGAACAUAAUAAGAUCAAUAGCUUUAAUUCUAAGUGCAUAUUUGAAGAUUUCUGCAAUGUUAGACAACAGGUCAUACCAGCAAGGGAUGACAUAAUACACAGUGAGCAGAUCAAUACAAUGACAAUAACUCAAAAGCUAAAUUUUGGGAACUUGCUAAGUGAAAUAGAGGGAAAAAAAUAUGACUUAAUUUUGAAGGAGGAAGUACAAGUCACAGCACAAAGUUUAGCAAACAGUUUCCCGGUUCCCAAAAAUAUUAAAGUAGAAAAGGAAGAGAAAGAUAGCUUUUUUCAGAUGGAUGGCAUGUUUUCUGUACAGUCAGUUUCAUUAAUGAGUAAGAAAAUAAAUGUGGAAGAAACUAAAUAUGCUAUUCAAAAUUACAUAGCUGACAGAAAUGAAUAUGAGAGUAUUUUGCAAGAAAGUGAGUUAGCUAAUUUAAAGCAUUGUCAUCUGAAGAAUGACUCUACAUUGUGUGUUAAUCAUCAGUUUGAAACUGGUUUGAGUGAAGGGAACAAUGAAUGUUUUCAGGACUUAACUGCUAAAUGUUUACCAACAGAAGCUCUGACAAUAGGAAAAGAUUUUGAGAUGAAGAGUCAGUUUGAUUUAGUACUUGAAGAACUUCACAUGUUUCAUGAAAUUAGUAAGGAAAUUGAAACUCUGAGCACCGUGGAAACAAACAAUGGACAAGGAAAGUACUUUGGAGAAAAUAAUGAUGUUGAGGCAGUAAAAACAGAGACAGAAAAAGAUUUGAAAAUGGUUGCAGUCAACAAAAUAUGUGCAUCUUCCUCAGUCUGUGAUACUACGGCAGAUCCUAACAUGCAUAAAAGACACCAAAGUUUAUUUAAAUGGAAAAUAGUUCCCAAUAAUGGAGAACAGGAAGUUCCUCAUGAGUACUGGCGUCCAAGAACAUCAGAGGAAAAAUUAGUUUAUUCUACUCCAGGAGAAGAUUGUGAAAAAACUUUACCUGAAAGAACUGCUUCUUUUCCUGAUGAAUUUAAAGAAAAGACUUCUAAUUAUUUACUGAGAGGAGGAAGUCACUUUUCAUAUGGGAUUUCAAGAAUACAACCUCUUAAGACAUGCAGUCUGCCAAUCAGGAUUGGCUUAUCAAGAAAAGCAAGGCUUAAACAACUUCAUCCUUAUCUGAAAUAA